AUGAAAAUUAUACCGGUGGGGAAGAACAGUGAGGAUACUUAUGCAUGGGAGUAUACCAAAACAUGCCACUAUACAGUGAAGUCAGCUUAUUGGGUGCAGAUGAACGUACUAGAGAAGGAAAAAGAAUGUCAGGAAGUUGUGCAACCGAACUUGGACGAGCUAUACAGGCAGAUAUGGAGCUUAGAGACUAGUCCCAAGAUCAGACACUCCAUGUGGCGUUGUCUCAGCAAUGUUCUACCAGUCGCAGAUAAUAUGGCUAAGAGACACAUCGCAAAAGAUAGAAGAUGCACUCGGUGUGGUAGUGAGGCGGAGAGUGUUAAUCACUACCCAGCGGAGCAGAUUGAAGAAGACUUAAGUCCGUGGUUGAUGUGGAGACUCUGGAAGAACCGUAAUGAGCUUAUAUUUAGAGCUAAGGAGUACUCUGCAGAGGCUACAAUCGAGAAGGAAACUGAGGACGGAGGAGUGGGAUGGGUGAUGAGGGACCACAGGGGAGCUCUGUUGUGGGCUGGAGCGAAACGCCUACCCGGAGUAGGCUCGGUGAUAGAGACCGAGGCUGAAGUGUUGAGAUGGGCACUUCACACUUUGGUCGGUUUUGGAUACACAGAGGUAACGUUUGAAACUGACUCUCAAGUGUUAGUGCGGAUGCUGAAUGGAGAGGAGGGUGUAUGGCCAAAGAUGAAGCCGAUAAUUCAAGAGAUUGGUACCUUACUCCGGGGAAGGGAAAACUUUGAGGUGGUUUAUUAUCCACGAAGUGGGUGGGAAUAA